AUGGAAACGAAUCUCAAUACAAAUAAUAAACGUUUAGCUAAUGAUGGUAAUGAUAAUCAAGAUAAUACGAAUACAGUUAAACGAACACGAUCGACUAAAGUUGAUUUAAGAUUUUUAUUGGCUUCACGUGAUGCUGGAGCAAUAAUUGGUCGACAAGGAAAAAAUAUUCAAAUGUUAAGAUCUAAAUAUAAAACAAUCAUACAAGUUCCGGAUCAAGAUGGACCUGAACGUAUUUUAACAAUAGCUGGUGAACUUGAACAAUGUCUUGAUUGUCUUACAGAUGCAUUGGCAACAAUGGCUGAAAAUCAAAAAUUACGUCAAGAUGCAAGUGAAUUACGUGCUCUUGUUCAUACAUCACAAGCAGGUGCUAUUAUUGGAAAAGGAGGUGAACGUGUUAAAGAAUUAAGAGCUCGACAUGGACUUGAAGUAAAAGUAUUUACUGAAACAUGUCCAAAUUCAACUGAUCGUGUUAUUUUAUGUCGAGGUGAACAACGAGCUAUACUUAGUUGUCUUCGUGACAUUUUUACACAAAUUGAAAAAAUUCCACCUCGUGGUCCUAUUCGUCCAUAUGAUCCUUCAUGUUAUGUCGAACAUCAAAUUCAAGGCUAUGGUGGUUUUGCACAUGAUGAUACAAGUGUAUAUGGUGAUCGACGAGUUCGUGGUGGUGGUGGUGGUGGUGGCGGUGGUGGUGGUGGUAGAGGAUAUAAUAAUUUUGAUAAUUGGAAUAUGAAUAAUAUGCGAGGUGGAGAUGGUGGUGGUGAUGGUGGUAUGUAUAAUGAUGAUUAUAGUGGUUCAUCGAAUCAAAGUUUCUAUCCACCACCACAAUCUAUAAUGAGUAGUGGUAGUCAAGGUCCAAUGCGUCCUUUAAUCAAUUCAUUUUCAGAACCUCCUGCUACUCAAACACAACAAGUUACAAUUCCACAUGAGCUUGCUGGCGCUAUAAUUGGUUCACGCGGUACACGUAUAUCACAAAUUCGUCAACAAUCAGGCGCAUCAAUUAAAAUUGAUGAUCCAUUACCGGGAACUAAUGAUCGAAUAAUAACUAUUAUUGGUACUCCGAAUCAAAUAUCUCAAGCUCAAUAUUUACUUCAAACUGCUGUUCGACAAUCAGGUCUUUAUCCAGGAUGA